AUGGAGGAAGUAGUAGUAGUGGAGGACCUGUUCGACCGCCUUCCCGACUCCCUCAUCUUCAUCAUCUUCAACAGCGUCUCCGACGUCAAGACCCUGAUCCGCUGCCGAUCCGUGUCGAAACGAUUCAACUCGCUCGUCCCGGAGACCGAGUCGCUCUCCCUCCGCGUCGAUCGAGUCAUCUCCUCCUCCGCGUUCUUCGACGACGACGACUCCUCCCCGUUCCUCGAUUUCUUCAAGUCAAUCGUGCAGUCCAUCCAGGGCCUGCUCAAUUUCGACCUCGGCGGCGACGACGAGGAAGCGGAUGUUCAGAAUUGCUACUCGCCGGGGCAGAUACUGUCAGGAUUCGAGCGAAUCCGGCGGCUCGAAAUCGAGCUCCCCUCGGGGGACCUGCAGAUGGAGAAGGGCGUGCUGGUGAAAUGGAGGGCGGAAUUCGGGACCACGCUGCGGAAUUGCGUGAUCCUCGGGUUUCGGAUUGGGAAUUCGGACGAGGAUUCGGAUUCUGAUUUGGAUUUGGAGCAGGGGAUGAAGACGGUGGUGGUGUGGACGAUCAGCGCGCUGAUCGCGGCGUCGGCGAGGCACUACCUGCUGCGGGACGUGGUGGCGGAGGGGAUGGAGCGGCUGGUGCUGAAGGACGCGGAAGGGGAAGGGACGCUGGUGAUGGAGGAGGACGGGCUGCGGGAGUGGAGGAGGUCGGCGGAGGUGGAGGUCGGCGGCGGCGGAGAUGGAGGUUGGGAGGGGAGGAGGACGGUUUUGCCGAGCGUGAGGAUGAGGAUGAGGCACCAGCGGAAGCUGCGGCUGGAGAGCGGCGCGUGGAUUCAGAGCGCCACGCUGGUGGUUGUACGGCCUUCGUCGGGCGGCGGCGGCGGGGACGUGGCGGUGGAGGAGGAGAAGGGCGACGGCGAGAUGGCGAUGGCUGCUUAUGGAGGUGGGGCCUACGAGGACGUUGUUGGAGCGCUGCUGAAGACAAGGAGCUAUUCCCUUGAGAUGAACUCGUUCUAG